CAUUAUGGAGUUGAACAUGCCAUCUACACUCAUAGCUAUACUCUCCUUUCUCCUCUUUGUCUUCAUGUUUCUGAAAUCCCAAACAAUCUCAAAAUCAUCCAAGAUUUACUCACACAUCCCUGGCCCCAAAACCCUCCCUCUCAUCGGAAACCUCCACCUCAUGCUACGCGCCGCCCUGCCCCACCACAUCUUCCGACAGCUCGCGGCCAAACACGGGCCCUUGAUGCAUCUCCAGCUCGGCGAAAUCCACUUCGUCAUCAUCUCCUCCGUGGACUUGGCCAAACAAGUUAUGAGAACUCACGACAUCAACUUCGCGAAACGGUCCCCUGGACUGGUGACGGAGAAACUCACCUACAACAACUCUGACAUCGUCACGGCCCCCUGCGGGGACCAGUGGCGCCACCUGCGGAAGAUCUGCACGCUCGAGCUCCUUAGCGCCAGGCGCGUGCAGACCUUCCGCUCCAUAAGAGAGGAGGAGACGUUGAGUCUCUGCAAACAGAUCGCUUCUCGCGAGGGAUCUCCGGCGGAUCUGUCGGGGAAACUUUACUUGAUGACGUACGAUGUUUCAACGAGGGCUGUGGUCGGGGCAAAGACAGAAGACCGCGGAGCGGUGACUUCUGUAAUGCAAGAAGGCAUCCGGUUGGGGUCGGGAUUCAUGCUGGCUGAUCUCUAUCCUUCCGUCAAGUUGCUGCCGUUGAUCACUGGGGCCCGGUUCAAGAUCCAGCGGAUGUAUCGAAAAUUAGACAAGUUGUUCAAUAGGAUCAUCGACCAGCAUAAAGCCGGUGGUGGUGAUGGUGACAAGGUGGAAGAUCUGGUGGAUGUUCUGCUCAAGAUUCAGCAGGAUGGAACUGAAUUCCCUCUUACCACUGACAAUAUUAAAGCAGUGGUUCUGAAUAUGUUCACAGCGGGAACCGACACGUCAGCCAUCACCGUGGAAUGGGCGAUGUCAGAGAUGAUGAGAAACCCUAGCGUACUCAGCAAAGCACAAGAAGAAGUGAGGAGGGUUUUCGACGACAAGGGAUACGUAGAUGAAGCCAAGUUUGAUGAGCUAAAAUACAUGAGAUUAGUCAUCAAAGAGACAUUUAGGUCGCACCCUCCGCUGCCUCUUUUAAUCCCGAGAAUGAACGUCGAAAGAUGUGAAAUUGAUGGAUACGAAAUCCCAGCUGAAACCAAAGUGAUAGUUAAUGCAUGGGCACUGGGAAGGGAUCCCGAGUACUGGAACGAUGCGGAGAAGUUUAUACCAGAGAGAUUCGAGGAGAGCUCCGUUGAUUUCAAAGGGAACAAUCUAGAAUAUAUACCUUUUGGUUCAGGAAGAAGAAUUUGCCCUGGUAUAUUGCUCGGACUGGCAAACGUAGAGCUUCUGCUUGCUAUGCUUCUGUAUCAUUUUGACUGGAAAAUGCCGAACGGGAUGAAACAUGAAGAUUUGGAUAUGGCGGAGGCCUUUGGCGGCAGUGUUAGAAGGAAAAACCCUUUGCAUUUGGUUCCCAUUGUUAAACGACCUUUGCCUGCAAGUGCUUCACUGAUUAAUUAAUAUGACUUCGUAUGUAUUCUCGUACGUGUGGUUGGAGUGAUGAUGUGUAAUUUACAAUACUGUAUUCGAAUGUGAAAUAAGCACAAUAUAUAAAUUAAUUUAUCAUUCCUAGAAUUACUACUA